ACUCGAUCACACCUGGCCGCAUUUUUAGAAAGCGAAAGAAAAAGAGGACGUACAGGAGUGCAUUUGGAUUUUCACAUGUCUCUGUCAUGCUGUCGAUCAGGAUCGCUUUACUGCUGAAUCUCUUCAUAGAGACGUCUGUGUCCUUCUCUGUAGAGGUUCCUGGUGAUCCUAUAGAGGCUCGUAUCGGAUCCACAGUGAUUCUGCCCUGCUGGAUCUCUCCUCCGGAGAACGCUGAAGCUCUGGAGAUACGCUGGUACCGUCAUGAUCAGUUCAACAACCCCAUCGUCUUCUAUCGUGACGGGAAGAUCCAGGACAUCCAGGAGUGUUUCAAGAACCGAAGCUCUUUGUCUCCACGCUCAGAUCAGUCUGGUGGACUGAAGGAUGGAGACGUCUCUCUACGGCUGGAGAAACUCACAUUUCAGGAUGAAGGUUCAUUUCACUGUUAUGUGAGUGGAGACAGUUCAUACGGCAGCAAAGUCGUAGACCUCAAAAUCACCGAAUGGAGUUCGUUCUCAGAUCCACCUGAUUCGUCCGGUCCAUGGAAGGCUCUUUUCUUCUCGCUCCUCAUCUUUGCUCUUCUGGCUUUGGUUGGGUUGAUCCUCUAUAAAUACAGAGACAAACUAAAAGGAAAGAAAUCAGCUAAAGAAAAAGACAUAAAUAUAGAAGAACUGAGGAAAAAUUCAGUUGAGGUCACUAUUGACCCUGAAUGUUCACAUCCAGAUCCGAUGGAUUCUGACCUUGAAGACUGGGAGGUCUGUUAGAUUAUGAUGUCAUUUUACAACGUGACAGAGAGUAAACAUCUCCUGACCAUCAGCAGCAGAUUCUCUGGACCAGUCGUUCCUCUCUUCUUUCCUGGAGUUGGAGAUCAGGGAGUGCUUGAAAUUCUGGAUUGCCCCAUAUUUAUAGAGUCAAGUCAGCUUUUACAGAGUAUGCACAGCUAAGACUGACCUGACAGACCACUGUUGUUCUGUACUGUACGUGAAGAAGGUCAAAAACACUAAUCUUCAUCCAAUGUUAAGAUCAGGUGUUAGAUUACCAGGCUACUUGCAUGAAGAUGAUGUUGCUUAUCCAACACUGUGCUCUUUCCUUUUUCACAAAAACAGUGGAAUUAUUUAAUGGAAUGAGAGCAAUGGACAUGUUCUAUCUACAGAGAUGAUGAAGUGAAUGGUUUUAGAGUCUCUGACAAACAAUAAAUGGUCUUUCUCAAGCACUGAACUCUUUUCCAUAAUGGAGACUGGGACUAUUGUAAUGUCCUCGUCUCUUUUCUUGCUUAGAUGCCAUCUUGUGGAGGACUAAUUCUGAUAUAUAAAAAAAAGUUUGUCUUUGAGAGCAUUAAAUGGCUUUUUCUGUUCAGACACAAAGACAAAUUUGGCAUCUUUUCUGGUAAGACGUCUCAAUGGCUCUGUCAAGGCUGCAAAUUGUGGAAUGAAUCUGCUGCUCUAACUAACAAGACCAAGAAAACGUCUCGUUUCAGGGCUUCCACCACAGCUCUGAAUCCAGUACCUUUCCGUGUGACAUACCCAUGAAGUUUUUUGAUUUUGCAGGAUUCAGAGUCAGACCACAUUCUGUUCAUGACAGCAUGCAGGUGUUGAAAAUGAGACACUUGUAUCUGUUUACUCCAUUGUCAACCGUAGAUAUUGUGGUGUGAUAACAUUUAACAUCCAGAUUUGCUGAAGAUCUCCGAUCCGUUCAUACUUUGUAGAAAUUCCUCUACUGUAGGAAUGGGGUAUCUAUCUCUUUCUCGAUUGACAUUACAAUAGUCCCAGUCUCCAUUAUGGAAAAGAGUUCAGUGCUUGAGAAAGACCAUUUAUUGUUUGUCAGAGACUCUAAAACCAUUCACUUCAUCAUCUCUGUAGAUAGAACAUGUCCAUUGCUCUCAUUCCAUUAAAUAAUUCCACUGUUUUUGUGAAAAAGGAAAGAGCACAGUGUUGGAUAAGCAACAUCAUCUUUCAUCACAUGUCAAAACAAAGUCUGAUUUCAGAAUUGGCUUUUGGUACAAUUACAACUGGUCCUUUUACUUCCUCAAUAAAGUCUAUUCCUAAGAGUCUUAUAGACAGAUUUGUUUAAUUUUCAGUUUAGCAGCUCCCUGAAACCCUUCUGGGUAUUGUGACUGGAGUGAUUGAUUUAAUUUGACACGUACCAUCAGAAGAACUAUUCUUACAUCACACUUGAAAGCUCUCUUUACUGGCAAAGGCUGAUCUGAUGAGUUAGAGAAGAAUUUCUUCUCAGUAUCUGGGAUAAAAGCAUUUCUCUUCAGUUUUCUCAUUGAUGAUAUUACUGGAAGCACAACUUCUAUCUUUGCACCACACCAGAAGACGGCAGACUCGAGUCUGGAGGAGAUCAGCCUUCCUGAAUCUCACAAACUCAUCUUCAUCUGCACUAAUCAUGAGUGUCACGAAUGAGGGGUCUGAGGCGUGCGGAUCCAUGUGCAGGCUUUUAUUGAACAACGGCAUGGUCAAAACAGGCAGGCGUCUAACAGGGCAAACAGGAGUAUCGGAGACGAGGCAAUAACAAAAUCCAGAAACAGGCGGUGGUCAGGUCAGGCAGCAAACAAUCAGAAAAUCAGAAGACAGGCAGGGUCAAAACUAGGGAAACAAGAAACAACAAUCCGAUAGAAAUCCAAACAAUCAAACAGGAGAACAAUGCAACCUGCAGGGGAGUGACCUGCUACUGAAUUUAUAGUCCUGGGACAGGAAGUUGUAGCAGAGGGAGUGAAUGCAGAUCACCCAGAGGUCAGGGCUCCCUCUGCUGGCUUGGUGACAAUGAGUGAGAGGUCUGAGAGUUUUCAUGGAUUUUAUACAUGUUGUUUAUGUUUUUGAAAAUGGCAAAACAUGUUUAAAUUCUGUAUUUUAUUUUUUAUGAAAUAAUGCAAAAGUUUAAGAUUCUUACUUAGGUUUACUAACAUAAAUCUCUUUUCUCAACACCUCUUCAUGUUGUUACACUAUAAUUACUGGUGUUGAAUGAAAUCUGGAUUAUUGUUAGGAUGAGUCUUCUUUACAUGGGUAUAGCUGAUGAAACAGUUUUAUUUCCUGGAGAAAAGUUGAGGGAGGUUCUGUUCUGUGGUCUCUGUUUCAUCUAAAUAUACUGUUUAUCCAUGCCAGUUAUGUAAAUAUAGUUUUAUCAAAAUAGCUAAUAAUGAACAUGUGUGAUUAUUCUUAAUGGAUGUGUUUUUUUAUUAAAAAAAACACCCCUAUCAUCAAAUAUCUACAGGUGAUAUACCACUCAGUGCAGCUUAGAACAAGCUUACCUCUUUCUAGCUGUUUGCAAAAAAUGCAUGAUACAACAUUUAUAUUUCAGUGGACGUGAUGUGGACAUACUGUGAUGUUUUUAUAGAAAAAGGUCUAUAUAAAGUUAGAAGUGCACACAACAGAGAGUAUUUUAUUUCAGUCAUGGAAGCUGGGAAAUGAAAGUAUAUUCUGAAUGACUGUAAAGGUGGAGCUGGAGACUGAAUAGUUGUUGGUGGUUUCACACCAAAUUCUUCACUUUAAUUCUUCAUUCUUUUGCAGUUAACAUGCUUCUUUUUUCCUCCACCUGACCCAAUCAGCGUUUUAAUGUCCAGUGAUCAUGAUUUAAUUUUGCAAUGUAUUCAUCUCAUUUGUUUGAAUAUUUCUCCUGGGAAUUUAAUGACUGUUCGGUGCAAGUUAAAUGUCUCUUUUUGGUGCAUUUUAUCUGAAAAAGAAAAACCUGCUUAAUAAUUUUGCAUGCCUGAGCAUAAGGCAUUUUUCACUUAUAGCCCUUAUUUAAAAGCAAAGCACAAUUUUUAACAAUUAAAUACAAUGUAUAAUUAGUUAUUAACAUUGAUGUGUUUUGAAAUGAGAUUUAAUCCUAACAGUAGUGCUUUAUUCUGAAUCUAUGAGUGCAGAACAAAAUAAAGCACACAGUCAUGCAGUCAGCUUUUUUCAUUAAGGAUUCAGUGUGAGACACUGUCCACCUUCUUCAAGGUGUCCUCGUUUUCUUCUUCUCGGUCACAUCCCUGGAUGCAGUCUUGUGGAUGGAUGACUAAGAAUUUAAGAAUACAAAUAUAUUUUUCGUGGUUAUCAUUGGGCUGAAAGGUUCACGAGCUGUCUGUAGAUGGUGCUCUUUUUCUGUGGCAUUCAUGUCA